AUGAAGUCGAUGAAAAGCCUCAGCAUGAACAAGAUGCUCGGGGGCAUCAAGAGGAAGAGCACACUAGCAGCACCUACUGCCGGCUCGGCUGCCGCUGCCGUACCGCAACAAGGCGAAGCUCCCGAAAAGACGGCUCACAACAGCGUUAAAGCCUUUUGCGAGUCGGGAUACAAUGUCCAGGGCGACGAAGUCCUCUUCCUCCCGCCCAUUGUCGACGCUGCCGAGUCCUCCCCCGCCGCCGCUACCGAGUGCGCCCGCCUCAUCCGCAAGUUCAUGUCCAAGGACUACUUCUCCCGCGCCGCCUGGCAGUACAACGCCAUCAUGCUCCUCCGCAUCCUGACCGAGAACCCGGGCCCCAUGUUCACCCGCAACAUUGACGCCAAGUUUGCCGACACCUGCAAGGCCCUGCUGCGCGGCACCAAGGACCUCAACGUCCGCCAGAUGCUCAUCGAGACGCUCGACGACUUUGAGCAGACAAAGUCUCAGGAUGAGAACCUGGCCGUCCUGCUGCAGAUGUGGUCCAAGGAGCGCACCAAGAUUCAGGCUGUCUAUGGCAACGCUCCGAGAAUGGCGCCUCGUCCAUUUCUCACGAACCCGCAGCAACAACAGUCGCCAAACAGCAACAAUAACGGCCAAAACUACUUUUCCCGCCACCACACCAACAACAAGCUGCCCGGCGCCGUCGAGCUUGCCAGCCGGCUCGAAGAGGCGCGCACGUCAGCCAAGCUGCUCGAGCAGGUUGUCAUGAACACGCCUCCCGCCGAGACGCUCGACAAUGACCUGAUCAAGGAGUUUGCCGACCGCUGCCUGAGCGCCUCGCGCAGCAUCCAGGGCUACAUGAUCGCUACCAACCCCGGCCCCGACAACGAGACGAUGGAGGCCCUCAUCGACACCAACGAGCAGCUGCAGACGGCUCUUAACCAGCACCAGCGCUCCGUCCUCAGCGCCCGCAAGCAGCUCGGCCUCGGCGUGCGGUCCGAGGAGACGACACCCGCCGGUGGGACGCCCACCGCCGCCGACGAGCCCGUCUCGCCCAUGCUCGACUCACCGGCGCAGCCUGUCCGAAACGGCAAGGGAAAGCAGACGGAUCUGUAUCAGGCUGAGCCCUCGGGAUCCGGUCCCGGCUUGGGCAUGGCCUCUGGCUCCGGCUCCGGCUCUUCCUCCAACAAGGGCAAGCAUAUCCGCGACGAGGAGGACCCCUUUGCCGACCCUUUUGCCGAUCCGCAGCAGGACGACCACACCCCCAACAAUGGCGCGGCCCGCUCACGGACGCCCGUCGUGCAAGAUGAGAUGCCGCAUGAGCCGUUCCAUCCUGGGUUUACGCCAGCUGCCGUCCCGCCGGUAGGCCACCCCGCGCUCCGCGAUGGCGAGACGGCGUCCAAGGACACGUCGAUUGAGGAUCUCUACGAUGCCGCUGCCGCUUCCGGCAAGGGCAAAUCUACUGUUUAA